AUGUCCUCUUCACUUGCCGACUAUCUAAACGCUAAAUACCUGACCAAAGACGAAUCAUUCGAUAAAAAGGCUAAGAAGCGGAAGAGAAAAGAAGAUAAGGCAAAGGGUCGACAGGUCACGCUCGUAGACGAGGAUGCCACAGGAUGGGAGAAGAACGGUCAAGACGACGAUGACGACGAGGACCGGCCGGUCACCGUGAACGAUCGCUCAACCGCUGAAUUCCGAAAAACGAAGAAAUCUGGCUGGAACACUAUUUCCGGACCGGCAAAGGAUGCGGAAACCGCUGCAGCGGACGCGAUCAUCGCGUCAACAGCUGCUGACAUUGCUGCCUCCGAGGCCGCCCUUCUUGAAUCCGAGGCACCAGUUGUUGUUGCUACAAACCCAGAAGAUGAAGCUUUAGUGAUGGAAUCCGGUGCUCGUGCCGGCUUACAGUCUGCCGCGCAGGUCACAGCUGCAAUGAAGAAAAAGCGAGAAAAGGAGCUUGAAGAAUUUAAAAAGGUCAAUGCAGAGGAAGCAGGCAAAGGCAAAGAUACAAUAUAUCGUGAUGCAUCUGGAAGGAUCAUCAAUAUCGCUAUGCAGCGUGCGGAGGCUCGUAGAAAACUCGAAGAAGAAGAGGCAAAGAAGCGCCAACAGAAAGAAAUGAAUAAAGGUGUAGUGCAGCUCGCCGAAGCUGACAAACGGAAGAAACAGCUUGAUGACGCUAAGCUCAUGAAAUUGGCGAGACACGCCGAUGAUGAAGAUAUGAAUAAGGAAUUGAAAGAGAAAGAAAUGUGGAACGACCCAGCUGCACCGUUUUUAAGGAAGAAGGUAGCUGGUCAAUCGAAAAGUGGCCUUCCAUUAUACAAAGGGGCUUUCGCACCAAACAGAUACGGGAUUCGGCCCGGCCAUAGAUGGGACGGGGUGGACCGAGGGAAUGGCACUGAGGCGUUGUUCUUCCGUAAAAACAAUGAACGGAAGGACAGGGUACAGCAAGAGUAUGCCUGGGAGAUGGAUGUUUAG